AUGGCCGAAACUGCUCGUCUUGCUCGUCCUAGCCUGGGCAGCAGUAUGCGCACCGGAUCAUACACUCUUUCAGAGCAUCAGCAAUACCGACCCCCACAGCAAGAUGGCCACCAGGGAAUUGACAGUAUUGUCGAAGGUGUCCAAAACACCCGCCUCGAGGCUCGAAAGCCCAUCCACCCCUUCAAUGGUGUCCCCGACGUCAAGAGCCCUCCGAAAAUCGUUGAUAGUGGCCUCAACCACACGCUGUCGCAUACCAACUGUCAGCCGGCAGCCGGAACCCACUCGGACAGACUGAUCGCAACCAUCAUCUACAAGACUCGGGCUCCCCGCGCCAAAAUCACCGACUACCCACCUGACCGCUCCCCUUCCCCCUCGGCGAACAAGUCCCGUACCAUUCCCCCAAACCUCGCCCCAGUGCGCUCUCUCUCCAGCUUCCCCCUCGAGCCGCCCCCACCAGACCCAGAGCCGCUCGACCACCUAUACGGCAGCUAUAUUUCCCCAUUAUGUCUAACCUCCUUCCUACACCUUAUUUCUUUCCUCCCCACGCGCCCCGGCUCCGAAUUCCUCACCUCGUCCCACCGCUGCCUCGAUAACUCGGACCACCCCUCCAUCGUCGAACUUACCAUCUCCCCAACACCGGACCCCGCCUACCUGACCCUUGAUGACUUGCGCAAACACGAGCUCAUAUAUCGCUUCGAGCGCGAGUGGAAUGUCGAUGUCAUCUUGCAGCACGAUACUGUUCUCCGGCGGUAUCCACGGCUUGUGGUCUUCGACAUGGACUCCACGCUCAUCGAGCAAGAAGUCAUCGACUUAAUCGCUGGCUCAAUUGGCGUUGAAGCGCAAGUUUCAGCCAUUACAGCCCGUGCCAUGAACGGGGAACUCGACUUCUCAGCCUCGUUCAAGGAGCGGGUUGCCUUGUUAAAGGGAGUGAAGGCGGACAUCUUCACCAAGUUAAGGACAGUCAUAAAGCCGACCAAGGGGGCGAGAGAGCUAGUCAGAGCGCUGAAGCGCAUGGGUGUGAAGACGGCUGUGUUUUCAGGCGGUUUCAUCCCGCUCACGCAGUGGUUGGCUGACGAUUUGGGAAUCGACUAUGCGUUUGCAAACACCAUAGCCUCGGACCCUGUCACAAAUGUUUUGACUGGCGAAGUCGUCGGUACAAUCGUCAACGCGGAUAGAAAGCGGGAUCUGCUGCUCGAGAUUGCCGAAAAGGAGAAGGCGCCGUUGGAGCAGGUGGUAGCUGUAGGUGAUGGCGCGAACGAUUUGCUGAUGAUGAAAGCGGCUGGGCUGGGCGUGGCGUGGAAUGCGAAGCCGGUGGUGCAGAUGGAGGCUGAGGCGCGAUUAAAUGGGGAGAGCUUGUUAGAUUUGCUGCAUGUGUUUGGAUUUACUGCCGAGGAGGUGCAAGCUUUGAUUCGAUGA